GAAACUUGGUUUGGUUUCUUUUUCAGUCACUUCAGUUACCCUAUCUCUUGCCCAGUUUCUUUAUUUUGGAAAGAGAUAGAAAAAUUAUCUUUCUCUCUCCCUUUCGUUAUGUACUUUCUGCCAUCAACGAGUUUUCAAGUUAUUGAUGACAAUUUUACUUCUGUGGUAGCUCAACAAAAACCUUUGCAGCCAAACAAUGCACCUCAAGGGAUGGUCAUGGUUAACCCACCGCCCCAGGCUGCACCUAAUCAAACUGCAAUUCCUCAGUUAGAAGUAGCAGAGCUACAGGAAAGCCCCUAUACGAUUGAGGAACUAGCUGCUGAUCCUGCUUUCUCUUCAGCGGCCUUAUGUUUCUAUCAAGCUGACCGAAUGGUUAUUUUGGAAACCCAAAAUCCAAAUAAAAGUCAACAAGAGUUGGUCACGAUGGCAAUUCAUGAAUGGCAUAGCAAACUAACGACCAGUCAAAAAGCGAAAUAUCUCAGGAUAGCCGAACGUAUGGGCCUUACAAGCGUAUGUAGAGCACCUCCUGGGACCCAUGGACAAGGAAAUCUGUUGUCAAUGUCAUCAUAUGUCAACUCAGGGCCUCCACCACCUUAUGGUGCUGGUCCUAUGUGUUUAGAAGAGAUGUUGAAAAGAGAACCCAAAAAACCUCCCAAAAAUGGUUAUUCAUUAUUCACGUCAGAACAACUAGCCAAAUACGUAAACGUUGAACCCCAAAAACGUCUGGCUGAAGUCGCUCGGAUUUGGAGGGAGAACAUCUCUCAAGAAGAAAAAGAACAAUAUGACGCCAGGAACAAAGUUCUUUUAGCACAAUAUCAGAGACAAUUGGGAAAUUUCAUUGAUACCUUGACUCCCGAAGAAAGAUAUAUUUAUGAGGAUUAUUGUCGCAAGAGAAACAAAUACAAACACCACAAGAAAAAGUACAAGGGUGAUGAUGGCCUGGAACCUAAAAAGAAGGGAAAAAAGAAGAAGGAUACAGUUCAACAACAAGUACUGCACCAAUGAAAUCAAUUUGUUCCAAUUAUGAUUUUUCAUCUUUAAUCCAGUCGAAUCACAUUCUCGCUUUAUCACAUUAAAAAAACCUCGUUUUGUCCUAUCUCUUUACCUAUCCUUUUCAUCUUUAAAAUAAAGUAAUGAAACUUGGGUUAUUUUGAUUCGUAUUAAUGUUUUGUGUAUUUAGCCAAUCAUUGUAUCAUCAUCAUCCUGCUUCUCUCAUUGUCAUCGCACUUUCACCAGCAACACCAGUAACACCAUCGACAUCAUUUUCAUCAAUCAUCAUAAAAAUGAAAAAGAAAGAUUAUUACAAAUCUAUAUUACACUCUAAUCGACAACUUCAACUACACAACCAACAACAAAAAAAAACAAUAUUGACCUUUCUUUUUCUUUUGUGAAUCUAAAAAAUAAUUUUAACUAAACAAUGAUUUCUCUGA